AUGGAUGAGUACUUUGAAGAGCGUAUGAAUGGAGAAAAUAAGGGAGAGAGGAGGACGGAUAGAGGACAGUUAGUGAAACAGGAAGUGGAGAGGAUUAGCACGGAGGAAUUUAUUACCACUGUCAACAACAAAAAAUGGACCUGCAGGAAUCUGGAGGUGGAGAUGCUGAAGAAGCAGAAGAAGAACGAACAAACAAAGACAGAGAGUCCCAUUCUGAUACCAAAAUGUCCCAGCAGCAGCUACACAUGGGCUAAUGCGUGGUUGGCUGCUGCUGCUGCUGCUGCUGCUGCUGCUGCUGCUGCUGGGAUGCCAGUCGAGCCUGAUCAACCCCAGCUGGGUCACCUGGGUGAAACACCCUGCGACUCCAGGAACAUCACUGAAGAUGCAUCCCAGCAAGAGCAUCCAGGAGAUAUAGCUUACACUUACGAUCACACCAGAGUCCGGCUGCAGCUGCUGGAUGGAGACCCCCACUCUGACUACAUCAAUGCCAAUUAUAUUGACGGGUACCACAGACCCAGACAUUACAUCGCCACACAAGGGCCCAUGCAGGAGACAGUGAGGGAUUUCUGGAGGAUGGUGUGGCAGGAGAACUCAGCCUCUAUUGUCAUGGUUACAAACCUGGUGGAAGUGGGAAGGGUGAAGUGUGUUCGUUACUGGCCCGAUGAGACAGAGGUGUACGGAGACAUCAAGGUAACCCUCAUAGAGACGGAGCCGUUGGCGGAAUACGUCAUACGGACGUUCACUGUUCAAAAGAAGGGCCAUCACGAGAUCCGUGAACUCCGUCAGUUUCAUUUCACCAGCUGGCCCGACCACGGUGUUCCAUGUUACGCCACAGGGUUGCUCGGCUUCAUACGGCAGGUCAAGUUCCUCAACCCUCCGGAUGCUGGACCCAUAGUGGUACACUGCAGUGCCGGUGCCGGGAGAACAGGCUGUUUCAUUGCAGUGGACAUCAUGUUAGACAUGGCAGAGAAUGAAGGAGUGGUGGACAUUUUCAACUGCAUCCGAGAACUAAGGUCACAACGAGUCAACAUGGUUCAGACAGAGGAACAGUACGUGUUUGUUCACGAUGCCAUCUUGGAGGCGUGUCUGUGUGGAAACACGGCCAUACCGGUGUGCGAGUUCAGAGCCAUUUACUACAACAUCAGCAGGCUGGACCCACAGACCAACUCCAGCCAGAUCAAAGAUGAGUUCCAGACUCUGAACAUAGUGACCCCUAGAGUCCGUCCAGAGGACUGCAGUGUGGGUUUGCUACCGAGAAACCACGACAAGAACCGCAGUAUGGACGUCCUACCAGCAGACCGAUGCCUGCCUUUCCUCAUAUCUGUGGAUGGAGAGAGCUCCAAUUACAUUAAUGCUGCAUUAAUGGACAGCCACAAACAGCCAGCGGCCUUCAUAGUUACUCAACAUCCUUUGCCCAACACCAUGGGUGACUUCUGGAGGUUGGUGUUUGACUACAACUGCUCCUCCAUUGUAAUGCUCAAUGAAAUGGAUGCAGCACAGUUAUGUAUGCAGUACUGGCCAGAAAAAAAUUCAUGCUGCUACGGUCCGAUUCAAGUGGAGUUCAUAUCGGCAGACAUCGAUGAAGAUAUCAUCAACCGAAUCUUCAGGAUCUGCAACAUGGCGAGGCCGCAAGAUGGUUACCGCCUGGUGCAGCAUUUCCAGUUUAUUGGCUGGCCGGCCUAUAGGGACACACCCCUCUCUAAGCGCUCCAUCCUCCAGUUGGUCAGGAGAUUGGCUAAGUGGCAGGAACAGUAUGACGGAGGAGACGGGAGGACUGUGGUGCACUGCCUUACUGGUGGGGGGCGUUCUGGAACAUUCUGUGCCAUCUGCAGCAUCAAUGAGAUGAUCCAGCAGCAGAAUAUCGUGGAUGUUUUCCACACGGUUAAAACACUGAGGAACAACAAGACCAAUAUGGUGGAGACUAUGGAACAAUACAAGUUCUGCUACGAGGUGGCUCUGGAAGCGCUCAACUCCUUCUGAUCAGGUGUGGGCUAAACAUCUGGAUUCCUAUUGGCCAUUUGACUCUGCCUGUCAUUCUCAACGCAACACUGGGAAACACAGAGUGCAAUACUUUGUGUUGACCUGAAUCCAACCAAGAGU